GUUGAGAUAUUAGUGUGGAUAAACAACGGUGAGUGAGUAGGGCGACCGGAGAAGCAGAAGGUCAGAGUUCAAAUUUUGAAACCGAUAGUGCAGAUGGAGAAUCAUUCAGACGCUGAGGGUUCCGAGAUGUUUGGCGAUUGGGAUUUUCUUAGAGUUUCGGAAAAUGACAGAGGAGGAGGUUCCACGUCUACUGCAACUGCUGGAGGAGGCAGGGUGCUGCCACCGUGGGCUGACCCCUCCUACGAAUGGGGCGGUGGGAAAUGGAAAGUGGACGGAAGGAAGAAGAGGAAAGAGAGUGAUUUGAGUCUUGAGGAUCUGAUGAAGGAAGAAUACUCUUCUCUGCCUCCUCAAAUCGCUGAAUGGUAUUGGUGUAUCGAAUAUGUCGCCAAAUACGUCAAGGACCUCCGCUGCAUUCUCGAUUUGAUGAACAUGGGUUAUCCCACCACAAAUGACUACGGGAACAGGAUUAAUGAAAUCUUGUCUCUUAGAAUCUUGGAGUCCUUGUUUGAUCCUACCAAGAAUGCUGCUGCUGCUGCUACGGUCGUCGUCGGGCCAAGAAUCGAGUUUGAUUUAUCCUUGAGCACCACCCAUGUUCUCAAUGCCAUUCUCGAACAUGUUACAGUAUCAGAACUACGACCGGGCAUGCCUGAGCUAUCAAAGUUCAAUCUUCUUCCUUUUUUUGCUCACAAGAAUAUGUCUUUGCCUCCAUGUGCACUGGAAGUGCUUAGAGAUGUGAGUGCAAUGGAGGAUCAAACAAAUGCAGCUCCUACCAUGGAAGCAAACGACGCUGUAUUUAGAGACGAUCGAUCAGAGCACAGGAGGGAUGUAUGUGAGGAGAUGGCGAUUGAUGAGGAGCAAGUUCAUACUGGUUUGGAACAAACGAAUAUGAAGGACAAGGAUGAAGUAGUUGUCAUCGACCAUGAGGAUUGUCCUCCAGUGCAGAGAGACGAAGUAAUUGUGAUUGAUGGCAAUGACACAACCGCUGAACAAUUCAUUAACGAGGGUGAUACUGCUAGGGAGACCUCUUCUCCAAGCUUGGACGUGCGUGUAAAAUGUACAAAAGAUGGAGCCUGGUUAAUCAAUGAGAGCGAUGAGGAGUCAGAUACGGUUAGAGAUCCACCCUCUUCAAGACCGGAGAACGUGUGCUGGAAAUGUGAAAGAGUAGGAGGAGCGUCGUUGUUGAUAUGUAGCAGAAGCGAGUGUGCAGCAAAAGUUCAUAAAGAAUGCUUGAAUGCUCCGGCUCACUUUGAUGAAGACGACAACUUUCACUGCCCUGUUUGCUGGUAUGAUAGAGUCACUACGGAGUACAUUGAGUCUCGGAAGUUGAUGAGUUGUGCAAAGAGAAGACUCGUGAAGUUUUUACCGCUGCUUUCUAGAGCAAGCAAGAGACUCAAAUGAUGAUGGAAGGUCUUGUUACAACCUGUGACUUGACUAUUUUGUUAAAACUUUUGGGUAAUUACAUCAAUUGGUGAGUAGUUAGACUGUUGAUAUAAAGAACUGUGAACGGUGAUGAUUUUUACUGUCAGCUGGUAGUUUAUUAACCAAGGUCUAAACAGUACAAAUGGCCCGGAAUUUGAUUUU